AAGUUCCCUUUUCUCUGCUGUUGAGGGUUCGUGCUUGGUGCAAACAGACGCUCACUCUUCGUCUUCUUCUCGGCUUUAAAGAUGUGGCCGAACAAGUCAGCAGUGGCUUCAUCCAACACGCGUCGGCUUAAACUGAGACCCGCAAACUGAAAAGGCGUGCUGUAAGAAGAGAAUAUGUAUCUGUGGCGCUUCUCCAUCGCCAUAUCCCUUGGCCUGGUUUGGUAUUUUUCAGACUGUUGUUUCACAGUCAUACAGUUCUUGGUAUGUUUCCUCCUUUGCUUUUCAACUCCACUGCUGUUUGAAAACAAUGGGCGAGAGAGCGGCACACAAACUGAUGAAGAGACGAAGGAACAUCCACUUCAGGAAACUGUUGAGGAAGAUGUGUUUGACUUGACCUAUGUGGAUCCUUUUCAACAGUCUGAACCACCAGAGUCUCAAUGUCCACAUGUAAAGAAGUCUCUACAGCAAGUGUUUGAGUGUGCCUACGCUCAGCUGGUCCUGCCGUGGUACGGUGUCCCUGAGCCAUGUGAGCAGCAGCCUCUGCACAAGGUGCUCAGCAGGGAAUUUGACUUCAUAAUCGACCACAUCAUUGAGAGGGCCAGAGACUUUGAUGUCUGCCAGGCAGUGGUGGGCUCCAUUCGGAUUUUGACCCAACACUUGCAUAAUACAAAGCAGUCUGACAGAGAGCUAUUGUUCACCUCCAGAGCAGAAGAGAUUGCUGUUCUCAGAGAGUUUUCUGACGCCUUGGUACGCAACCUUUUCCCUCUAUCUCUCUGGGGGCAAGAAGUCAACCGUUGUGCCUUAAAUGAGAUCAUUGCCUUAAAAGGGUUGGGGCUGUUGGUGAAUUGGCUGUCCGACCCUGACAACCUGAACCAGCUGGUGGUGAGCCAGCUUGACAGUGUUAGCCCUAAAAGCUCUGCAGAGGAGCUGCAUGUAUCCGACCCAGAUCAGGCAUCUCUGGCUUCGCAGGAGGAGGAAGGCCAGCCGGAGAGCACAGAAGUAAGCACAGCAGGAGCAGGGAUUUCAACCGGCACAGGAAUCAAGGGCAAAAGGAAAGGCAACAAAUUAAAGGAAGGAUGGUCCAAAUUUGUGGACAAGGUGAAGUCCAAAAAAGCCAAGAAGAAGACAAUGAAAACGAUGGAGCAGGAGCUGGUGAUGAGGAUAAUGGCUAUCCAAGGGGACGUGUCAAAUGAGGAAGAUGUCAGCAGCAGAGAAGGCUCUGUACUCAGUCAGGAUGAGUCCAACAGGGAAGACAGUGAUCUGGAAGAAUAUCUGGCAAGUGUCCAGGAGGACAUGAUUGAAUUCAAGCUGUCUUAUGAGAUGUGGCGCGUUGGCCGCUGGUCUGUCAGCAUCCCUCACGCCGACUGGGAAGAGGAGAAGCUAAUCUUCACUGUACACCUGGAGGAAAAAGACAGUCCUGAGAACUUGCUUUGGGACAUAAAGAAGACUUACAUGGAUGUUAUUUAUUUUCGGAACAGAUGGCAGGACUCUACCAACCUUCCUAUGAUCUGUAUGCUGGAGGAGUCUGCAGGUAACGAUGAGGUUAAAGAAGAAGUCAGAGCUUCAGUUGAACACUUCCUGCAGGAAUUGGUUUCUGAUAAUGGGAUUGGCCACACCCAACCUGUGUUUCAGUUCCUGUGCCCACUUGACAAGCUGCUAAAUGAAGAAGUGCAUUAUGGGGGUGUGUGGGGCCUUCUCAGUGGCCUGGCUUACUUCCUCACUCCUGGCCAAGAGGAAGAAGAGAACUCAAGCCUACAGACAGAAGUCCCAAAAGAAAAGACAACGCCAUCUCCACAUCCAGAAUCCACAGCUCUGUCCGUAGAAAACCAUUGUAAUUCUGCUGAGAAUGGCCACAACAUUCCUGCUUCUCCACUCCCAACUAUUGUUAUCUCUCAGUAUAAUUCUCCCCCACAAAAGCCUGAGGAAGCAGAAUCAUAUCCAGAUCCACAGCCUGCUGUUAACUUGGACUCCUCUAAUGAAAACUGCUCCCAAGACAAAUCGGAAGACUCUGACAACCCCUUAACUUCUCACUUUAAAAUGAUCAUCAAAGGACUGACCAGAUCCAGGUCACAAGAAUCUCUGGCUUCUGCAAAGAUGAGCGGUGAUGAGGAGCAGUCUGACUCAGGCUCGCAGCAGGAGGGCACAGAAGGGCUGUCAUUGCGUAGUUUCAGUGCAAAGUCGAAUAAAAAGGAGAGGACAGGUUUCAGGAUGUCUGGAGGGCCUAACAAGACUAAAGGAAAGGAGACACAAGGCACCCCACAGAGAGGAGAGGAUUCCCAGUGUCAGAGAGGCCAAGCCAACUGGGAGCAGCUGGAGGCCACCAAAGCCAUAUUUGAUCUACUGAAAGAAAUAUCUGGAAACUCCAUCCUCAUUAACAUUUUUGAUGCCAUUUUGAAACCGGUGAUGCCCAUCUUAAAAAAGAAAGUAAACUCUUUCCUAAACAAGGUGAAUCCAACAGAAGAGCAAAUGGCUGCGUACAUCAACACCCUGCGCAACAAACUGUGGCCAGAGUUUCAGCCGGUUGCACCACCUCCUCCUCCUCCUCCUUCUCCUCCUCCUCGCACUGAUGAGGAAAAGAAUGAGACCAAAGAGCGAGCUCAUAACCUCAUCAAUGCACGAUAUUCAAAUUACCUCGUCCUUAAGAAGACAGACAUGGAGUCCGUUUUUAAUGUUUUCCAGAACAAAGAAGGAAACAAAACUCUGGUCUAUAUGCUCCUUUCAUUGCUAUUAAAAGGAUUUUUGCCCGACGAGCAUUCACUGAAUAUCAGCGCCGCUGCUGUACAGAAAGUGACCAACUCCACCAACUGAGAUGUGAAACUGUCAUUGUGUUUUUAAUGUGCCUGUUUGGAUGUUUUUAGGAUAUUCUGUAAUUUAUUUACCAUCUUUGAAUGCCUUAAAAUGUUUGGGACCACCAAUGUGUCGAUGUUUAACACCUUGUUGUGUCAUUUUUUACCUCAAACAUGCUGUGAAUUUUUUUUUUUUUUUUUUUUUUUUGGUACAUGUUCAUGUGUCAGUGUGGUAAACAGUAACUUAUAUUGGAGUUAAAUCAGGGACAUUAUCAGUGGGAGGCAGCUUUAUUCUUAAUCUCAGGAAGAAAAAAAGCUAUUACUUAGUUUACAUAUUUUCUCACAGUUUUGUGUAUAAGAACUAUGUUCUUCUAAAAUUAUGGCACUUUGAGCACUUGUGUAUGGUAAAGGUAUUUGUAUGCUUAGGUUUUUGUAAUUUGCAAUCACAUACCAACAUGAACGGUGCCACUCUAAAGAUUCUUUGAAGAAAUGUAAAAAAACUUGAAUAUAUUCCAAAUAAAAUAUUUUUAUAACAUUCUUUUUAGUAAUAUUUCUCUUAUAUAGUAAAAUUGUUGUUUACAGUCAAUGUUGGAUAUUAAUUGGAUGCUGAUGACUUCAUAUUUGAGUUUGAAACCAUAUCUGAAUGAAAGAUCAUUUGUUUGGUUAAAUGAAUCAAUAUUCCAGAGGGAACUCCUGUUGUUGAAAUGUGAGAUAGGACAAGAUUUAUAAGUCAGGAUUGUUUAAUAUAGUCAUAAUUUUCUAGCUAGCCAUAA